UUUCUUUUGGUGGGUUUCAUCAUCGACGCCUUUCUUUGAGAGUUGACGGAAAUCGGUAGCAGCGGAGACUUGCGACUCUCCGGGCCGAAGUCAGCGGAGAUCUCCAGCGCAGCGAGCGAUCCGAUCCGAUGGCGUCGGCUGUAGCGGCGGACGGGGAGAAGAGGAAGGUGACGCUGAAAAGCUCGGACGGGGAGGAGUUCGAGGUGGCGGAGGCGGCGGCCAUGGAGUCGCAGACCAUUCGCCACAUGAUCGAGGACGGCUGCGCCGAGAGCGGUAUCCCCCUUCCCAACGUCACUUCCAGGAUCCUCGCGAAGGUCAUCGAGUACUGCAACAAGCACGUCGACGCCUCCUCCAAGUCCGGGGAGGACGGCGCCACCGGAAGCGUCGCGGACGACGACCUCAAGGCCUGGGACGCCGAGUUCGUCAAGGUCGACCAGGCCACCCUCUUCGAUCUCAUUCUGGCUGCAAACUAUCUCAACAUCAAAUCUUUGCUAGACUUGACUUGCCAAACUGUGGCUGACAUGAUAAAGGGCAAAACUCCAGAGGAGAUUCGCAAGACCUUCAAUAUCAAGAAUGACUUCACACCUGAAGAGGAGGAAGAGAUCCGGAGAGAAAACCAAUGGGCCUUUGAGUGAGGAGCAGCGCUUAAUUGCAAGUUCCUUAACUGAACAGCUAUUUCACGGUUUAGUCAACGGGUUGUGUGUUGCGGACCUAUUUCUGUUGGACCAAACUUUUUUACUUGGGGAUGUUGAUAUGUCAUUGAUAAUUUGGCUGUAUUAAAUAGUUGGUGUCGGUUGUGGUUAUGGAUGAGGAUGGAACAAAGACAUCGUACUAAGGGGCUGAUGAUAAUUUAUCAGCUUCAUUAA